GAUAACCAGGUGAAAACGGAUUGCUGAGUGAGAGCUUCAAUUCAACCUUUGAGGGGAGCUGAUAACCAGGUGAAAACGGAUUGCCGAGUGAGAGCUUCAAUUCAACCUUUGAGGCGCUGAACCAAGGAGGCUGACGAACAAGCAGCGACCAAAUUUCUUGGUUAAAGAUUCAUUGACCUUUACUCAAUUAACGAUCCAGUAUUUCCUCAUGGCCACCGCUGAUUCGACAAAAGAGACAACCAAUUACGCCCGCUUAUGCAGGCUUCUGGUGGGUGUCAGUGCACAUAUCUUGAGAGAGACAUUUGACAAAAGGCGUCCACCAGGAAACCUGGACACAGUUUUGUCCAGUCCUCCGAUUCGUCGAGUACUAAAAUCACUCCGAAAUAAAAAAAUACUCAAUCCUUCACAAUGGGACAAACUGUACCCCGCCAUCAAGUCUUCUGUUUCAUCAAAGAAUUUCGAUAUCACGCUACUGAUGGUCCUGCUGAGGAACAUUUGUGGUCUUGCUCCUCCGGCUACCGGCUGGGACACACUUCCUCCUGCAGCAGACACAACCCUUGAGGCAGAUAUCGUUCGUAUCAAGUGCUACAGAAACACAGUUUACGGUCAUGCCAGCGAGGCCUCAGUUGAUGACGCAACCUUCAAUCGAUACUGGCGGGACAUCCUGGAUGCAUUGAUGAGACUGGGAGGAGCUGGUUACCAAAGUGCUAUCGAUGAUCUGAAAGAGGAAUGCAUGGACCCUGAUUUCGAAGAACACUAUAAAGAGCUUCUUAAGCAGUGGGUGAUGGAUGAAGUCAGCAUCAAAGAAAGAUUGGAUGAAAUGACAGAGCUAUUAAAGGAAGGUAUUGUGUAUUAACGGUAAAAUCUGUACACGGCCUUUCGAUCUUUCUUGAAAAAAGAAGAAGAUUGAAGGGCCUCUCAUCAGAGGGUAAUAAGAAAUUUACCUUUGAAAAUAGCUCAAACUCGGAAAAAUAUUUUCUACUGGAACUGACCCCUUCCUCUUGGACCCAAAAUUGGAAAAAGACCAGGUGUUGUCUUUUCCAUGCUUUUUUCGGGUGAUGAGCAAGUAAUUUCUUUAUUUUUUUGUUCCUCAUGCGGGAAGUUAAGAGAAUUAAUAGUUGAAACAGAUUCACUACAAAAGUGGUUGCACCAAAAAACUGCAGUUAAGUCUUAAAGUAUUUACCUGGUCGGGCUUGUCGAAAGAAAGAGACGGAAAAAACUAAAAUUCUUAAUGGACUGGAGAUGACAGGACGCUUUCUUUCCCCUAAGUGGACUUAGGCCAUUCUUAAUCUCCAGCCCUAAAAACAAAAACCAUGUGUUUUCUGAGUCAAAGUUAGUUUCUCCCGUACCACAAAUUCCUGGAUCCGCUCCCGA